AGAUGGUUGCAAAAACCUUAUGUCUGUUUUAUUUGAAAGUUUAAGGCAACUCUUGCGUUUGAAGAGUUUGGGGAUAUACAACUGCCCACAACUUUUCUCUUCAAAUGUCCCAUCGGAGCUUACCAGUGAAGACACGACAGAUAAGAGGGCUAUCAAUAGGAGAGGAAGAAAAUGGUCAUCCAAAUCUUAUGUCAGCUACAGAGGCUUCGUCGUCAGGAUAUCCAAGUCGAGACGAACUUUUGCACCUUCCAUUAAAUCUCAUCCCAUCUCUGAAGAAGGUAACUAUUAGAUUCUGCAGUUUAAGAUUUUAUGGAAACAAGGAAGGUUUCGCUAGAUUUACCUUCCUUGAGGGCAUAGCAAUUUCGCGAUGCCCUGAGCUGAUCUCGUCCUUGGUGCAUAACAACAGAAAGGAUGAGCAGGUGAACGGAAGAUGGCUCCUCCCGCCAUCAAUUGUAGAACUUGAGAUUCAAGAUGAUAAUUAUCUACAAAUGUUGCAGCCCUGCUUUCCAGGGAGCCUCACCCACCUGAAAAGACUACAAGUACAGGGAAACCCAAAUUUAACAUCUCUGCAGCUGCAUUCCUGCACAGAGCUCCAAGAGUUGAUAAUUCAAAGCUGUAGGUCACUUAAUUCUCUACAAGGCUUGCAAUCACUCUGCAACCUCAGGUUGCUGCGGGCAUACAGAUGCCUCGGCGAUCUUGGAGGAGAUGAAAGGUGUCUCCUUCCGCAAUCAAUUGAGGAACUUGAUAUCGACGAGUAUUUUCAAGAAACUCUGCAGCCAUUCUUUCCAAGGAAUCUCACCUGCCUAAAAAAAUUACGAGUAUCAGGCACUACAAGUUUUAAAUCUCUAGAACUGAUGUCAUGCACUGCACUCGAACAUUUGAAGAUUGAAGGUUGUGCAUCGCUUGCUACAUUAGUGGGCUUGCAAUCCCUCCACAGCCUCAGGCAUUUGGAAGUAUUUAGAUGCCCUAGCUUGCCUCUAUGUUUGGAGAGUUUGUCAGGGCAGGGCUAUGAGCUAUGCCCUCGAUUGGAAAGGCUCCAGAUCGAUGACCUCUCUAUCCUUACUACGUCGCUCUGCCAGCACCUCAUCUCAGUCCAAUUCCUAGAGCUUUACGGAGAUCCAUACCUUUACAUUCGUGGAGUCGAAGUGGCAAGACUAACGGAUGAGCAAGAGAGAGCGCUUCAGCUCCUCACGUCCUUGCAAGAGCUCCAAUUCAAGUCUCAUGACAGUCUUGUAGAUCUUCCUACAGGGCUGCAUAACCUUCCUUCCCUCAAGAGGUUGAAGAUCGAUAAUUGCAAGAGCAUCAUGAGGCUGCCAGAGAAGGGUCUCCCACCUUCGUUGGAAGAAUUGCAUAUCAGCAAUUGCAGCAAAGAGCUAGCUGACCAUUGCAGAAUGCUAGAAAGCAAGCUGAUGGUAUCAACUGAUUGAUGAUGAAUAUGUGGAUUAAUUAUUGGGUGGCUUGAUAAGCACACCUUUUUCCACCAGCCCAAAUGAUACCGGCAGUUCGGCACACACCUUUCUAAGCUAUACAUUUAGGAGUAAGUAUUUUCUGUUAAGACGUUCAAGCUGCUAUACAUAUCACCGCCGCAGUGACCUGUUCAGGACCAUUUCAAGGGGAAAAUAUGUAAGGCAAAUUAUAUAUGUAGUGAAAACGUGAAAACUACCGUUGGAUCCAUAAAUGGAUGUUUGAUAUUUGUCCAUGUCACUAAAAGUAAAAAAAAAAAAACUCCCAGAUUCAACUAUGAGUAAAAAUUUUAUUGGGAGUAAAAUUUGUACUAUUGAUGAUAUGGACAAAUAUUAGAUGUUCAUUUUUAAAUCCAACAAUAGUUUUUAGGUUUCCUCUGUAUACGUGGUUGGCACUGUAUAUUUUCCUCCAUUUCAAGUGCCAUAUAACUACAUGUUGUUUCUCUGGAUCAACUUUUUUUAAGGAAAAAUAUUGUAGGAGAGUA